AUGUUUAAUUUUUCCGACUCGAAGAAGUACAGAAGCGAUAAGAUGAAUUCUAAUGAUCUCAACGGUGGAAAAGAGUGGGGCUCCUCUUAUGGAAGUUCUUAUAAUCCGAUGGAGCAUCGUCAAGUUCAUCCAAAUCAGAACCAUCAUGCAUACAAUCACAAUCAUCAUGCCCAGCAUAAUCAGCAACAUAUGCCUUAUAUGUCGCAACAACAAAUUCGUAAUCAACCUUAUCAAGGAUGUAAUAGUAUUCAACUCAAUCCGAAUGCUGAAGUCUUCGUUCCACGCGGAAAUUAUCAACAACAAACGCAGUACAAUGAUUACUACUCUAACAAUGGCCAGCAGACAUAUGGGAAUAAUCAGCCCAACUAUUUUCAAAACUAUUCCUCUAAUAACAUGACCAAUUACGACAGUGAGGAAGCAGCUUAUGAGGCUAUGUAUGGACAGUUCGGAUGCGAUGUUUCCUCCGCUCUUUUCGUUCCUUCUCACGAUCUCCAGUAUUUCAUACGUGAGAGCAAAAACUCCAUGGAGUUGAACGAGAUUCAAGUCGGCUUGGAGCAAUUGAUUUCUGAUGAUGAUUUUGAGUCUUGGAGUGGAGCCAUCAAAGAGAGGAUGACCUGUGCCAACAUGACCAACGAAAGCCGGAUUUUAGCAAUAAAAAUUGCGUGUGAAAUGGCCACUGCUGUUUCUCCUGAAAUGACCAGAGGUGCAGCUCCUCAGUACACGUUUGCACGUUUACUUGCUUAUCUUGCCGAUGAAAUUCCCGAUUUCAUAGCCAAAUGCAUCCUUCCCACAGUAGAAUCGUUGCAUUCAAGCAGAUACUCUCGAGAUAUCGCAGGAAAAGGAGUUCUCUUGAUGUUCUUCGCUGAGCUUUUCGUCAAUCUAAAAACAAACAAAGGAACUGCUGUGAAACCUCUUGGUCUUGCAGUUUUCGGACAGAUGGAAGAAAUAAUAAAAGAUUCCGUCUGUAACGAAACCAUGUCGGUUAUUAUUCAAGUUUUGAAACUUUCUGGUAGUGAACUGGAUACUAUUGAUGAAGGUCAAGAAAAGAUGAAUCAAAUUCUCACUAAACUUAAUGGAUUUGUAAAUGGACAUCGUCAGUUGAGUGAAACUAUAAAAGCCAGAAUUUCUGAUGUAAUUGAUACUCGUCAGCGCGGAUGGAACAAGGGCCGAUCCGGUACCGGCUCUUCAACCUCGUCAUGUGUUUCUGCUCCACCAGGAUCUUUCGUUGGCCCUGAUGGAAAGGUUAUUGACUUCACUGAGGAAGAGAGACUAUUCUUGGAACAACAGUUUGCUGAUAUGGAUAAAGGCAAGUCGGAUGAACCCAACAUUGACAUGAAUGACGUUAUGGACGAGUUCGGAAAAUUCGUUCAGGAAGAGAAGCUUGGAAUUGCAACAGAUAAAGCUGCUGAAUGUCUGGGAAAACUUUUGUUACAAAAGGAUGAAGAUGAAGAUAAAAAAAGCGAAAAUAAAGAAAGCGAAAGUAAAGAAGCUUCUAUAGAUAUUCCAGCUGGAAUACAGAAAGAAGCUGAGACUGACAAAACUAACUAG